AUGGCAGAGGCUGGUCCUUUUGUCGUCACCGUCGCCCAAGCAGUGGUGCUAGCCCGCUGCCCGCUGUACCGCCACGAGGUCCCACAUGUCCCUCUGCACAUGCUACCCAACCGGCCACUGCGCCGAGCCCAAGCAAAUUCUGCGACACGACAGGACAGCCAGCAUGCCACUCACGCCUACGCAGUACUGUACGCUACGCUACCCUACGCUACCCUCCCUUACCCUGCCCUAUACACUAACUACUCUGCUGCAUCCGCCGCGAAACAAAUCGACGUGGCCACUCCUCGCCGCCCAUGCUGCAGCCAUGCCGCGCUAUCAGGACCCUCUUCCUCCACGUUCCUCUUCCCCCCCCCCCAUAACCCCGAUCCACGCGCCCUUCCUUCACACGCGCGCCUCGCCUCUGCAUCCGUCCGUGGCAGCACAUGCACCCCUGCCCGCAAGCUCCCGUCGCCUUCGCCUUCACCAUUGCCAUACUCUGCUAGCCCCCUGCCUGUCGUGCCGGGGGCCCUCUCGCAGAUCGCCAGUGACCGUUACGCCCAGGCCCUUCAUACCUGCUGUUUCCAUCCUUGGGCCUUUGAAGAAGCCGUCCUCCAAAGCUAG